AGUAAAGCAAUUGAGGGAAGGUCUUAAACUAGGAACAUGUCGAUUGCAUAUAAAACCUUUAAACAUGCCAUACCCGAAAUUGAAAGACUAUCCGAUAGGGUCAUACGAAUCUUAGGACUGAACCCGAGUUUAAUGACGUUGGCUGGUACUAAUACAUAUUUAAUAGGAACCGGUAAAAGACGAAUUCUCGUUGAUACCGGCUCUAAAGGCUUCCCAAAAUAUAUUGAGAAUUUACAGAAAGUUCUCAAGGAAAAUGAUACUUCGAUAGGAAAGAUUAUAAUAACCCAUUGGCAUAAUGAUCACACAGGAGGGAUUGAUGAAAUCUAUGAUAAUAUUCUCAAAAAUGAUGAUAUUCCCCUAUUGAAAUUCAAAAUGCCCGAUGGAAAGGAUUCGUCUUUAAAAAAACACUCUAGAACAUAUCAAUUUAUCGAAGAUAAUGACGUUUUUCGAGUUGAUGGUGCAACUUUAAGGGCUUUACACACUCCUGGUCAUUGCGAAGAUCAUAUUAUGCUUUACCUUGAAGAGGAAAACGCUCUUUUCUCCGGAGAUGCUGUUCUCGGUGAAGGAACAGCCGUAUUUAAUGAUUUGUUCGAUCUUAUGGAGAGUUUAAAAAAGGCUCUGCGUUUGGAACCAACUGUUCUUUAUCCUGGCCACGGACCCUUAGUUACCGAAGUAAAAGAGCAUAUUGGAGCUUAUAUAGAGCAUAGGAAUAAUAGGGAAAUUCAAAUUGUAAACUAUCUUAUGAAGAAUGCAUCGGAUAUGCAUUCAGCAGAAGAAAUUAUGGAAGCUAUAUAUGAAAAUGUUCCAUCCCAACUCCAUUUUAAAGCUGUUGAAAAUGUUCAUUUCCACCUUAUGAAACUGCUGAAAGAAAAGAAAACGGGUAUAAAUAAAUUCUUUACAGUUUGA